CACCUUCCUAUCGCUACAGUACUCCUUCUAUCUCUGGACAGAACCCGAGCUCCUGUGCCCACUGCCCAUGCAACUCGACGCCCCCGCUUCCUCUGUAGAAUCCGUUGCAUCCCGUGACUCGUUUCCCAAAUUGGUUGAAGGGAUUUCUUCCCUUAUCCUCCUCUUUCUUUCCCCUCAAGAAUCGGAGCAAAUCCCAUCGUAUAUCGCUUGGAUUCGAAGCGGAGUUCAUCUCCUAUUUUCCCGGCGAACCUUAACCAAUCCGCCGCCAAAUCCUCACGGGUCCGAGCCUAUUUCCUCCACCUUUGCCUAUAAAUAGCAGUAUCAAUACCUCCUCUUCCGUUUCUAUCUUUUUCCAGAGCUUUUCCCUAACCUUAGCCGCCUGCCCGCGCUCGUCUCCUCGCUCCGCCGCCGGCCGCCGCUCCAGUCGGUCGUAGCCGUCGACUCCGACAUCUCCGGUCAGCGCCGUCGCCUCCAAUGGGACCAAAGCGAAGAGUGGAAGACCGGCCACCAUCUGCCCGAAGCCGAAGACCCCGGGAAGCCCUUCGUCGCCGUUAAGGCCGAGUUCGCCGUCGCGUUUUGAUCUUCGGCGAAGCCCCGCUGCUCCUCCCGUCGUCGCCCAGCUUCGUCGCCACCUCCGUUGGGUUCGAAAGGAGGAGCUGCACCCCGGCCACCCCUCCGUUGCCGCCGCUCGUUGUCGGAAAGCCGCCGUCGCCGCCGUCCCGAUCUCAUCGCCGCCUCUACCUCGCCGCCGGCCGUCUUCCGUUGUCGUUCGUCGUCGUGCCGCCCCUCGCUCAUCGUUUCCGUUGUUGCGAAGAUUCGUGAGUGCGUCGGAAGUGUUCAAGAAGAUUAAUUGAAGACCGAUUAUUGCAAGGAGCACACUCUUCGAUCGAUGGUGGGCUGAGUGGAAGAAGCAUUUAUUCCAUCUAUCAGCCUCAAUGUUCUUCACGAUAAUCUUCUCGGACUCGAUGCCUCAGACCACAGAUUCCUCACUGCCUUACACUAGCCAAAGUGGGAAGCCGAUUAACUAUGCUGCAGGGAUUAUCCCAAAUGGUGGUGGACUAGCUCCUUCAGUGAUCGGCUAUAUGGCCCCCAAGACAACUAAUUUACUAUAUGGGCAAACUCAUGAACCGAUUCCAGUUGAAACUUGUAAAAGGAAAAGCACUAAGCAAUCGGAUGUCAAGCCAUCGGCUGCUAAACCUCCUGCCGCCUCGAAAAAGGUAGCAAAGAAGCAAAAGUUUGCUGCCGAUGAUCUACCUCCUUUGGAUCGUGAUGUAGAGGAGGUCCUGGAGAAUGAAGAAAUAGAGGAGGCCAUUGAUAAUGCUGCUGCUGGCAUGAGUGACACCAGGGCCUUAUCCGCAAGCCCUACGGGUCGAGCUGGGACACCUCCAGCUGGUACACCAAGUCCCAACAAGACGCCAGAUGCUCCAACACCGGCCCCUAAAAGUGGUGCAGACGAAGAAGCCAAGGGCUGCUAAGAAGAAGAAAUCCACUCCGCCUCCAUUGCCUCCUCGAUCUCCAUCUCCUCGUCGGCUAGCAUCUAGUGAGCACACCCCGUCGGCUGUGGACAGUCAUCACUUGGGAACACCAGAACAUCCACCUCUUGUUGUGCCUGUCUUGGCCAAUAUGUUUUCCUUUGACGUUAAACAGUUCCUAGAUGAAGAAGAAGAGGAAACCACCAGUGGAGCCUUGGUCCCUCUUGAUGAUGAUCUCAAGACCAAACUCAUGGAUAUUGCUCAACGGCUAGGGAGUUCCUUGGAUUCCUUGGUUACUGGCUGCGGGUCAAUCAGGGCCAGGUUUGAAGAGAUCCACCACCAGAUCCCAGAAGAUGAAGCCGACAUCAUUUCCCUGGCUGUAUAUCUAGAGCAACAUCGUUUCAAGCUGGAAAGGGCACAACAAAGAAUAGCAGACAUGCGCGAGAGAGCUAAACUGGAAGCAACAAUCGAAGCUAAUCGGCUCUUCAUUAAUGAAAAAAAAGUCAAGCUUGAUGAGAUGAUCGUCGGGCUAGGCUCUACUCAAGUGAACAUAGAUCGGCUAAAAACCAGGGAGGCCGAACUAGUAGCUGAGCUUGAAGCGUGCCGAUUUCCCUAGGGCUAUUGAAGAACAAACGUCUAAAUUGAGGAAAUCCGUCAAGCAUCUCUCUGAAUUGAGCAAGUCCUUGAAGGUGAUUCCUAGUGUCACGCCCGGAAAUUCACUAGUAAUUUCCGAACUUAUUUGUACAAAAAACCUUCGUCUAGGAAUCAGCCGAGGUACACAAA